UAUAUAUUCAAAAAAAUCACAUGCUCUUUUGCCAAGUCUUGCUUUGUAAGCAAUCUUGAAUAAAAUCCUACUUUUUUGGUGGACGAUAAUCUCCAAACAUAUCAUGAUGAUUUCCUCUAUCUUCUUCAUAUUUUUUCUCAUUCUCUCCUCUUCCUAUGCUGCUGUCCAGGAUUUCUGUGUUGCAGACUACACAGCUCCUCCAAGCCCUGCAGGAUACUCUUGCAAAAACCCCUCAGAUGUUAAGGUGGACGAUUUCGUGUACUCUGGUCUGGGAGUUCCUGGUAACAACUUAAAAUUAAACAAAGUCCGACUUCAAGCUGCAUUUGUUGCUCAAUUUCCUGGUCUAAAUGGCCUUGGUAUUUCGCUGGCUCGUGCGGAUAUGGAGGUUGGUGGAGUUGUUCCGAUGCACACUCACCGCGGAGCUUCAGAGGUCAUACUUGUUGCGGAAGGCAAAGUUAUAGCUGGGUUCAUCACCUCGGAUAACAAAGCUUAUGUAAAAAAUCUGAAGAAAGGUGAUAUUAUGGUUUUACCUCGAGGUUUGCUUCACUUCCAAGUAAAUGCAGGUGAUACUCGAGCCCUUGUAUUUGCUAGCUUCAGCAGUGACGACCCAGGUGUGCAGAAUCUGGAGACUGCACUGUUUCAAAACGAUUUACGUACUGAAUUGAUAGCACAGACUACUCUCCUUGACAGUGCUGAGAUUAAGAAACUUAAGGGUCUUCUUGGUGGUACUAAUUGAUGCAUAGUAAAACCAACAGGAUGAAUAAUAUAUUGUAACCACAUAAUGUUUCUGCUUUAUUCUGUGUUUUUAUUGUGUUUCUUACUGCUUCAUUUAGUUGCAUCUUAUGUAUAAUAAAUGAAAUAAACUGACUAGUCCAUCUAGCUAAUAAUUUGAUAGAA